GUGUGACCAGCUGCCGAGGAAGGCUAAAUCCGCUCAUCUAAAUAAACAUCGAUGUAUCGCCUUCUAGUAACAAUAAAAAUAAAUAAAAUAGAAAUAAUUUCGGAAAAGUUCGUUUGUUUACCGCCAUGGCCACCUACUCCAACCAGCACUGGCUGCUCUCCCACAUCCGGAACUCGUUCAUCUCCACGGACGACACUGGCAUGUGCGAGACUGUGAUGCUGAGCGACGACAUGCCAAAGCACUUUUUACGCAAAUACGGGAAUUCCGGAGCUGGGGAUCACGGCCACAGGCGGCCACAGAAGCCAUCGCCCGGCGAUGGCGAACCCGCAACAACGACUUUUGAACAGCGAAAUAUCCGGCAGGCGGACACACCGUUCCAGGACGUGGACUUUGUAUGCUACCCGGGCCUGGACCUCAGCGACGACGAGGAGGACCAGUCCACGCACUCCUUCGACAUCCAGAUGUACCCCGAAGUGGGCGCCCAUCGCUUUCGCUCCAACACUGCCCAAAAGCUAGAGAAGCUGGACAUUGCCAAGCGCAAGGCGGCGCGGAUCAAAAGUAUAAACUACCAGGAACAGGUGCAGCCGCCCGAAAACGACGACUUCUUCAAGCGCAAGGAGGUGCCAUUAGCCCCACAGACACAGUCUGCUAAAAAGCCAGCCAGGAGCAAUGGUGACGAGCUGUUUGACGGCGGCAUCCAGAGCCAGCUCACCGAGCAGCUGGCCAAGAGUCCCAAGCAGACGCAGAACCGCUUCAUCGACUUCGCCCGCUUCGACGGCACCUCGCAGGUUGGCAUGCAAACAAAGAGGAUCAACGUGUUUCUGAACAUGCUUCCCGAGCCGGAUCGCAACUAUCCGCUAAAGAUCUGCGUCCUAGCCACUGCCAAAAUACAGGAGGUGAUUGGUUUCGUCUGCUACAAGACCUCCCUCCAUUACCCGGAUGUUCCUUUAAAGUCCCUGCAGCACUACGCCUUGUAUAUGACAGAGGACAACGACGACAUGGAGGAUUUCCCUCCGUUGGACAAUCGCGAGCCCUGCUCCAAGUUCGGCUUCUCUCACCUCACGCUGGCGGAACGUCGUCCACUGGCUCCGGUGACGAGAGUGGACUACCACGGUCAGCUGGGCACCAAAUCCAUGACUUCCGAGGAGGACAAAGCAGCGUUGGCCGAGGCGGCGGUAAAGGCUCUUAAGAAUAUCAACCUGAAUGGCGGGACAACCGAUCCGGGAGGUGCAGGCGGAGGAGCAGCCGGAGAGGGAAGAGGGGCCACAGCAGGAGCGGGAUCAGGAGACGACAGCCCGAACGACAAUGUAAAAGAGUACGAGAAACGCUUGCUGAACCACAACGACAUGUUGGAGGCUCCAAUGCAUCGCACUUUCCGGCUAAACAUCAUCGACAAGCGCUUCUUCAAAUCCGACGUGGUCCUGGGCAUCUCCGGAGAGAGAAUAGAGAUCGAUCAGUAUAAGAAUGCCAAGUUCUGGCCGCAAAAGAAGCCCGUUUCCACAUCCAUAGAUCUGGUGGCCCACUGCGAGAUUGUGGAGCGUCGUCAACUAAAGGCUUUAUUACGCAUCUGGCUAAAGUCCAACUCCUCGUCGCCUUCCUUUACCACCGGCUGCACUUCGGCGCCGAUCAAUGCCAGCGUGACCACACUAAACAUGGGCUCUUCCAGCGCCGGCACCACCCAAUGGCCGAGCAGUCUUGGCCACACGUCCGGCUUCUUCUCGAGCAGCAAUAUUCGCUUUAAGCACUACGACUUCGACACGGACACCCACACGGCGGACCAGAUUCACAACAAGCUUAACUGCAUCCUGGAGAUGCGAUCGAGCGAGCUGCGGCGCGAGUUUCUGCUGCAGCGGGAGCGCAAGCUGGAGAAGCGACAGCUAAAGUUGUAGUAUUUAUUCCUAUGGCGGCGGCUGCUGCUCGUGUGCCUAGCAGGCGGGCCACUGCCACUGCCACGCCCCCGCCUACACCGAAGCCCACGCCACCGCCACCGCCUCCUGUUUGAUAAGUUGUAUUAGUUGCUAACUAAAGAUUGUGUUACACAAAUGUUUGCCUAGCCCGUAAGUAUUUAUUGAACUCACUCCC